AUGUCCACAACUACCUAUCCAAAUAAUCAUGUUUCGGCAUCAUUUCCACGACGAAGUAUUUGCCCAUCAACGAUAGAUGCAAUAACAAAUGAUCGUCCUCAUGUUCCAUUAAAAGCCAAACAUUACCUGAAUCCAAUACCACCUAUAGAUGAAUCAUUAUCAAAAAAUUCAACUAGUACAAAACCUCCAUUAAUAUCAGAAACUUCAACAAUAUCACAUUACCGUUCUAAUAAAACUGAAAAUACAUCAAUACAAUCUUCAAAACAAAUCUAUACAUUUAGUAGUCGACCACGUGAACUGAGUGGAAAUGGAAAAUCUUCAAAUAAUCGUCGACUACGUCAGCGUAUAUCAUCAGCACCCGAUCAAAGUUCUCCACGUGCAAAAUUAAAACAGCAAAAACCAUCAUCAGCUAAUGCAUCAUUAAUAUCACGUUCAAAUUAUAAUGAUAAUCAUCAUUCUAUACAGACACAACGUUCAACAAAACAUGUUUUAAAACGAGAUGAACAACAAAAAGAUUCUUUAAAUGAUCUUAUUAAAAAACAAGAAAAAUCUAAAGUUCCCAAAGUUGUUCAACAACGAAGAAUUGUUUUGUUUUUGCGACAUUUAUCACAACGAGAAGAACAAAAUCCCUCACCGAUAUCAGAAAAUAGUCAAAUAGAAACACGAGAAAGUCCAAUUAUUGAAACAAAUAAUCAAACUCAAAUUUUGCCUACAAAUUCUAAAAUUCCAAAUUCGAUGGAAAAUUCUCAAUCACCAGAUAAUAUGGAAGCCGAAAUGGUUGAUUCAAUGGAAUUAGCUGCUAUUCUUGCUAAUAUCCAAUUUCAAGAUGAUUGGCUUCCAAAUGCAGUUUCAUCAGAAAAUCAAUCAACAAAAUUCGAUUUAAGUAAAUAUGGCUUUGUUGUUGCUAAUCCAAUAGAUACAACAACACUUAUAUUAUCACCACGUACAAUAAAACCUGAUGAAGAAUUAGCAAGACGAAUACGUUUUUCACAAGAUUAUCUAGAUGAAAUGCGUUCAAGUGCUAAUGCUCGAAUACCAACUUUAUUGGCAUCAAUUGUUACAGAUAAUAAUACUAUAGGAGGAAACGGUACGGAUGUUGAACAAACUUUUACAGUGAAAUUAAAUUCAGUAGCUGCAAUGAAAAAGCAAAGUUCUGUUAAUAAUAAAGAACCAUUUGAAGCAACGGCAGAUAAUGAGUCCAUUUCAUUACUUUAUGAUGCAACACUCAAAUGUUUCUACGAUCCAAACACAGGCAAAUAUUAUGACUUGACAUCAGCAUAA